AUCAUGUGCGAUUCAAAUAAUAUAUAUCGACCCCUGCUGUCAAAUUGAAAUUCAAAAUGGCCAUAUGUCAAAUGCUAUGAAUACACCUCCUUAUAAUACCCACUUUGCAGCAAAGUAAUCCAUCUGAUCCAGUAGUACUCUACAAAAAACACACUUACUUCCCCCUAUUAAAUUACUGUUCCUUCAAGUACGAAGAUGUUCGUGUUUUGUGAACUGUGCCACGAACAGAGAACAACGGGCGAGUUAGAAUUCUAUAUAACAACUUGCAGCCAUAUAUUCUGUCGCAAAUGUUCACCAAUUGCGAAGGAGUGUCCGAUUUGUGCGAAACCGUGCCGAACUAUGCAGAUGAAUAAAGACUUGCCAUUGAAAGUAAAGGAGUACUUCAUGAACCAGGAAGACCAGCUGGGAAAGAUUGGCAAAAUCUAUCAAUUCCAAAACAGCAAAAUGGACCAAUUUAUAGAAGCAAACUGGAAUGUGUUCAAGGAGUACGAGACAAGAAAACAACGUUUCCAGAAACUGAAGCAAAUGUAUGAAGCGUACAAAAAAGGUAUCGAUGAGGAACAGAACCUCAUCAUUCAGUUGCAACAAAAGCAGAAGGAAGCCGUACAGCACGAUGAUACAACGAUGUUAGAUGAUAAAACUAAAGAAGAUUUCUUUCAAAAUACAGCCUCUAAAAGAUUUUAAUGCUGAA